AACCGGCAAACCACCCCUGAAAUACCUUUGAUACCACACCAUGGCCUUUUCGAUCCAAUCGCUCCUGUUCAUUGCCUCCCUUGCAGCAACAUCGACCGAUGCGUUUGUGACACCAAGCGGAGCGGCUCUGUCGUCGAGAACGAGCACGGCGGUUUACGCGGAAGCAGUCGAAACCAGCAACGCCGAUUUCAUUGUGCGGGCCGUCGAGGGAGGAGAAGACGAUCCCACGGUGGUUGAUGUAGCUGCCUACCGAAACAACAUGGUCAAUCCGCAAAUGAUGGUUGAGAGAGCGCAAAAGAAACGCGACUCUCUUGAUACGACAAAAGAAGCGAUCAAUGGCCUCAAGGCCGGCCUCUUGUACGUCGGACCAAUCAUCGGGAUCGGUACAUAUGUUUCGACAUCGGGAGAUAACGCAUUGACUGCGGCUCUCAGCAACUACGGUGAGUAGGAAACGCAAAAUACCAAAAUUCGAAAAAAUAGACCACUAAGAAACAAUUAUUUCUAUCGGCCGAUCUCAACGAACAAUCUUGACAUUGUUUUUGAAUAGGGCUUUUUGGUGGAUCCCUCGGAGCGAUCCUGGCUGUAAAUAACUAUAUGGGCAGAGGAGUCCAUGUGCCCGAUGUCCCCGAGGCGACGAACAGAAUCGUCGUCGAUUUGUCCGAGGGACUCUUGCGGAAGCAGGACAUGGGAUUUGUGGCGGUGUCGACGAGCGAGGACGAGAUGUGGAAGAAAAUCUACGCCCCCUCGAACGGAAUCAUCGCGACCGUGGACACCCAGCUCCGCAAUUCUCCGAACAGCCCCACGGGGGUCCGCACCGUCGAGGGCCUGCCUUCGCAUUUGCACAUCAAAAACAUGGACGUUCACUACAAAAAACGACGACAGGGGGUUGCGAACGCACUGAUGGAAUUGAUCAUCGAGCACGCGACGACCAAAACAGACGCAAAAGCUCUUACUCUGUAAGUCCUGUUUUUUCUCUCCGGAGAUGUUAUUUUGACGACAGCUGGAAGAUCUUGAGUGAUUCCUGUCCCGGCAUCGCAAUGUGUCUUUUUUGUUUGAAAAACGUUCGAUCUCGUCCACAGUCGUUUGAUUUCCAGAUGAAUUUUCUAAUAUUUAUGGACUAUUGCUCAAUACAUUACUUUUUUUACAGCGAGGUGUUGGGAGCAAACCAGCCAGCUGUCCAGCUUUACCGCAAGUUUGGUUUCGAACCAAGGGAGAAUCCAAACAAACGUAGUGCGAAUGUAUUCAUGGUGAAAGAACUCUAAAUGGAAGAACAGAAAAAAGCAACCGCUAGAGUGUGCAGUGGCCAUUCGAAUGUCAUUAAGUUUGUGUGUCACGAGCAGAUUGUAUACAAGAGCAAACGAAAGUGAUGAUUGUAUUGGAUAAACUCAAGAAAACAGU